AGCAUCGCUGCGAAUGUGUUCUCGGCUAGCGGUUUUUACGACGAGUGAUUGAGUCAAAGAAGAACCGAAGAGGACGAUAAGCCUCGCCGAUGCCCGUCUCUCACUGAUUUUCGAUCUCCGGUCAGACUGAUCUGUGAAGCAUCCGGGCGUAUUCCCUGACCGCGAAAAUGGUUGACUCAAGAAGGAGAAAUAAAGAAAACAAGAAAGAAAACCUCAGUACUCAGAGAAAAGAGGUCUCUUCCAAACAGAAACAAGCCGUCAAGAGUGAACAGAAGGACAGCUCCUCGGAACUAUCGAGCAACGGUCUGUCGGACGGAAAGUCUCAUCAAUUGGAAGAAAUUAUGGGAUGCACCGAAUGGCAGGGUCAGCUGGUAUUUCUGAUAAAGUGGUUGAAUGAACCCGAUCCGCAAGUUGUACCGGCUGCCAUUGCCAACAUCAAAUACCCUCAGAGAGUCAUAGAGUUUUAUGAGAAACGCAUCGUCUGGGACCAAAACAUGUGAUCCAGCCCCUGGCCUGAUGGAGUUUCAUUAUGGCGUCUGGCAUUCCGGAUGGAUCGAGCCUAUUUUUGUAGAGAAUGAUGUUGAACUGUUCAAAAUAAUGUACUUAUAUGGUCAUAGAUUUCAUCUCAUGUACGGCUGUGGAUGUGUACAAAUAAACACGGCUCCACGGGAAAUGUGGAACCCGUAUAUUUUGUGAGAAA